AUGGCUUAUGCUACGACGAGGGAGUUCUCUCCCGAGGAUCUUGUACGGACAAGACCUGGAAGUCGCCUAGCUGUGCUCAAGAAUGUACUAGAGCGCCGGAAUGUCUCCGUGGGCAUCUUCAACUGCAAAGGACAAGGAACAUACCAAUGUGGCUGGGGUGACUGUUCCACCAACUUCACAGAUCAAAAUCCCUUCACCAUCAUCCUUCGCGACGAUCAGAAAUCUGCCUCUACAUCCCUCCCUUCGAAAGGAUCAAAUACUUUGGCUGUGGGACUAGGCAUUGGUCUGUCGCUGGGGGAUAUGCUUGCUGGUAUCGCUGUGGCUUCUAUACCGUCAAUAUCGCCGAUUGAAGAUGGUGGAAUUAGCGACCUGCCGCAAAAGCAUUGA